CCGGACUCAAAAACCCACGGUUUAUCCCAUCACUAAACCUCCGUACUAUACCGGUACAGUACCCCAGCACUGGAAUAUUAUGGUUGCGCCUCUUCCCUUUUUCCCGCUCACCCCGCUGAUCCCGGGUCCCGUUUCUUUGCCGCUGGAAACACCCAAGAAGAUAACUCAGAUAAGGUAUAAAGUACCUUGCUGCCCCCCUCCAGCUUAACUCUUCACUGUCAAUCUGCAACCUCCGUCUACCUACUCAAUACAGUUGCUAUCCUUCUCCUUUGCUUCCAGCCAUAACUCUCCACUCUAUAAAGUCAGAGAUUGCAUCAUAAACAUGUCUGAGUUGUCUGCAGCUCGAUAUGGGAAGGAUAACAUUCGUCUCUGCAAAGUUCACCGUGAUGAAGGUACAAACAUUCAUACUGUCACUGAAAUGACCGUCUGUGUACUUGUGGAGGGAGAUAUCAACUCCUCGUACACACGCGCAGACAAUAGCGUCGUCGUAGCUACAGACUCAAUGAAGAACACUGUUUACUUGCUCGCCAAGCAGUACCCAGUAACUCCACCAGAACUUUUUGGCUCAAUUCUUGCCUCCCACUUUAUCGAACUAUAUCCCCAUAUUCACGUUACCCGUGUAAAGGUUGUCACGCACCGAUGGACGCGUAUGACAAUCGACGGCGAGCCGCACCCGCACUCGUUCCUUCGGGACGGCGCAGAGACUCGCAACGCUGAGGUUGUUUGCAAGCGAGGGACAGGUAUUUUCGUGAAGUCAGGGAUCCAGGGAUUGCUGGUCCUCAAAAGCACCGGUUCGGCUUUCUACGGCUUCAUUAAGAACGAUUAUACCUCUUUGGGUGAAACCUCUGAUCGCAUUCUCAGCACAGAGGUGGAUGCCAAUUGGGAAUGGGGCUUAUUCAACACAUUGGGUGACGUAGAGAGAAAUAUCCCUCUUUUCGACAUGGGUUGGGAAUCCGCACGAAAUAUCACUCUUCAAACAUUCGCAAAAGACAACAGCGUGAGCGUCCAGGCUACCAUGUAUAAAAUGGCCAACAAGAUACUUGAAGCUGUUCCCGAGGUGAAUAACGUUGAUUACUCCUUGCCGAACAAACAUUACUUUGAGAUUGAUAUGAAAUGGCACAAUGAGGUCAAGAAUACCGGUAAGGAUGCCGAGGUAUAUGCACCUCAAUCCGAUCCCAAUGGUUUGAUCAAAUGCACAGUCUCUAGAACCAAGACCUCAAAGCUCUAGAUGUAUAUAGCAGCUACUAGACUUCAUGUUUGAUAAACCCGCCUUUCCCCCUACCUGUGUAUUACAAUUUUUAUUCUUUCAUUUCAAACCGACCCCCGAACUGUGUAUCAAAGCUAUGGGGGUAUUCCAUUUCCUUGUCUCCCCCCAUCUUUCUUCAUUUAAUAAUAUAUACUAGGUGCUUGGCUUGUGUAUGAUUGUUUUUGAAUCUAAAUUUAUAUAUACACAUCUUUACAAAAA